CGGGUCCUAGUCCUCCCCGGACCGCCCCUGGCUGCCGUCUCCAUGGCGCCCGACGACGCGGGAAGCACCGGGCUAGGGACUGAGCGUCCAGGGCAAAGCUAAACUGGAGGCAGCGCGUCCCCACUCCCUCCUGAGACCACCUCCCUCCUUUCCAGGGGACAGGGGACGGGACACCGCAGCGCAGGGCCAGUCACACUGUUUUCAGAACCUGACAUCCAAAAACAAUGCCAAGAGUAAAGGAAGGAAAAGGAAAAGCUAAAGGGACUCCUCCGCCCGUCGUUGUGAGUCUUCAAAAGUUCCUGAAAACCUAUGAGAAGCACUGUGCACACUCCAGGACAUCCGUGUGUCCAGCCAUCUGGAGGGACCUGAAAAGCAGCAUCACCAGCGAGCAGAGUCUCAGGAGGUUCACACUCCUAAGGCCUGAUGAGUCUCCACCAGGCCACACGCCUGUUUCCUUGGAACCUCUGCUCGUGACUAUCCGAGAGGAGCAUUACACCGCGGGGAAGGAGCUCUGCAUUUGGGGCCUUGCGCUGAGCAACCCGGAGAUCGCCAGACUCUCUUGGCUUCUGGAAUUGACAGGACGCACUCCCUGCCCAUUGACCACCCUGGAAAUCAUAAAUUGCAAGAUGGAUACAUGGUCGCUGGGGAGACUUGGGAAGGCUCUGCAGUUCAGUGGAUUACAUUCUCUUGUCCUGGAUUACUGCAGAUUUGGAAAUGAAGAAAUAGAGCGCAUCUUCUCAGGCCUGGAGAACAACAAGAGGCUUCAGGGCCUCAGUCUGCGGUACUGUGGGCUGGGGCCAGGCAGCGGGCCUAGGCUGGGCCUGGUCAUCAGCCGGAGUGCCGUCUGCAAGCUGCACCUUGAUGGUAACGAUUUGCAGUGCUCCGGAGCUCUGGCUCUGCUCAGGCCCCUAGUGGAGUACGCGGAGACGCAGGAGAAAGACUUGCCCGCCACAGCUGUGCCCAACACCGGAAGCCUCCCUCCGCCGCUCCACAAAACCAAGAAUAAAAAGUGUUUGAUCGAAGCUGGUCCUUGGUUAGUGAAGCUGCAUUUGGCAGAUAACGGCAUAGAUGGCCAUGGAGAAGAAGGAAGUUUGUUGGAAUUCACUCAAAUGCUGACACGCCUGAUCAAACACUCUGCCCACGUCCAGGAAAUUGACCUCGGGAACAACACCCUGGGAGAAAAGGCUGCUGCCGAUGUCCUCAGGGCCCUGAGAGCCAGGAAGACGGGUAGAUUACCAACCUUAAAAAUUACAGUCACUCCCCGGAUCUCUUCAGAUACGUUUAGAUCUAUUUUGAAAAAUAGCAAGAAAUCUAAUACUACCUACAGAAAGAAGAAAAAGGGCAAAAACUGAAUACAGAUGCACAUUUCCCUGUGGAGGCCACUUACUCCCAUGGCUAACCAGACAUGUUUAGAAAGACUUCGCUUGUCCUGCAGGAAUGCUUUUCAUUACAACCAAACCCUUUCUUUUCUUUUUUUCGAGACAGGGUCUUGCUAUGUAGUCAGACUGGCCUGGAACUCACUUUGUAGCCCAGGCUGGCCUGAAACUCACAGUGAUUCUCCUGCCUCAACCUCUCCAGAGCUGGAAUUUAUAGGUAUGCACUACCACACCCAGCAGCCAAACCCUUUUUAAACUCUGAAAUUUGAGAAGCCUAUUUUAUGAAAGUUCAAAGUACUGUUAAUCCAGUGAUACUUGUCGUUCUCAAAAUAUGUAAAAGUCAGUUUUCGUAAGUUGUGCAUGUGAAAUACAUGAUUUGAAACAAGUCAUAUUCUUUAGCUAACACUCUUCCUUCAUACAUAUGCCUUUUCAUUGUGAACAAUAGAGGUGCCUGGAAACCAAACUCUUCCUCCGAAGAGAAAACUUGUAAUCACUCAGUCCCACCAUGAACAAGACCGUCGUCCCAUAGGAAAUAGAAGCAGUGCUUGUGGAUAGGUGAAAGAAUCAUAAACUGAGUCAGUUGAGCACACGUGGGGAAUUAGAUGCACCACAGCUCACAUGGUAGCUUUGAGUGACCUGCCACAUGCCAAGCAUUUCAGGACAAUAUAUUGUUCACAAUCCUCAUUCAAAAGUAAACAUCAGGGGCUGGGGAUUUAGCUCAGCGGCAUAAGCACCUGCCUUGCAAGCAGGCAGUCGUGAGUUCGAUCCCUGGUACUGAUAAAAAACGAAAAAAAGACAAAAAAAAAAAAAGUAAACAUCAGUGGCUGCUAUUACUGUUAGUAUUAGGAAUGUCACUAUCUUUCCAUAUAAGAAAAAGAAAACAAAAGACUUUAAACCUCUUUAUUUUGAUACAAAGAAGGCACAAACAAAAUUCUACCACAGAACUAACCUUUGCUUCAGUUAUCGCCUAUGAGAUAGGUCAGUCUUCACCUAUGAGAACAGCAGGUUCCACAUACAAGCAUCGCCUACCCUGAAGGCACAUGUGUUUCAUUUUCUUGUCUUCUUUGGGAGGACACGCUUGACAUCUUGCUGGUCUUCCUGUUUUCUUCAGAGGGGCUUGUAAUGUUCCACCUGUCUCUUCACUGAUCUGCCCCAGAGUGUUUUAAAGGAGUUCUUUGGGCAGAUACAUAUUCUUCUUCUGGUGUAAUUAAGCAUUUAUCAGUUCCAGUCCCGGUCCUCUGUAAUAUUUUGUGCUUGGUAUUUUCAUUGUAACUAUGAAACUAUGUCUCACAUGUUUAGAAUAAAACACAAGUCAUUGGCCAA